AUGAGCACCCGUUCGUUGUGCCUCGAGAAGAAGAUGGAAACCACAGGCCUCAAUGUUCUACUUCAUCCUGACCUCGCUGGUAGCCCGAGCGACACGGUCCCGACCGCUGACUCCGGCGAUUCCCGAUCCGUCUCUAAAAACACCCGGUCGAGUCCCCUUACCCCGUCUCCGAUCCCCGUGGAGAUGGGGCAAGCCAGUUCUGCCUCGACUGCACUAGUUCCCGUGGAAGUGGGAGGGAAUCUCGCUCUCGCGCUCGUAAAUGCGGGAUGGCACCAUGUGGAACCGCAGCUCAAAAAGGCCUGGGACUGGCUCCUAAGCAUUUUCUCGGGGAGGAGGCUUCCUCAGUGCUCUCUCAUCGUGGGGACGGCCGAGGUUGGGGAACCGUACCAUCGGGAGCGGGUCGUGAGACAUUCCGUCAGGCCUUACACCGCCAGGUUCAGGAAAGACGGAUUCCAGAUCACCGGGAUCGCCGUGACGCCUCUGGACGCGGAGACGUCUAGUCCCGAGGCAGACAUUGAGAAAGGCGGAAUCGGUCACGACAACGUAGAGAUCCUCCUUACGCCGGUGAGCAACCCUUGGAGCUGCCACGUCGAUAUCUGCGGAGAGGAGCGGUUCAGGAAAGAUGGAUUCCGGAUCACUGGGAUCGCCGUGACGCCGCUGGACGCGGAGACGUCUCGUCUCGAGGCAAACAUCGAGAAAGGGCGAAUCGGCCAGGACCACGCGGAGAUCCUACUCACUCCGAGAGGAGGUGGGAUCCACCGGAUCGACAUGCGGCGCGGUUUCCUUCUCCUCUUCUUCCUCCUUUGGGAGGGAAGGCUUCUGGAGGGAAGCGACCACAGAAAGCGGCUCAUGGAAAAACUCUUGAAAGAAUAUCCAAUGGUUCUCCCGGUCGACAACUCCGAUUCUCCUGUCGUGAUCUCCUUUCGGCUCAUUCUCUUUCGGAUCAUCGAAUUGGACGAGAGGAACCAGGCCCUCGUCACUAACGUGGAGGUCGUUCAACGAUGGAACGAUUUCUACCUGCAAUGGAACCCGAGUGAUUACGGUGGAAUCCAGCAGACCAUGAUACCCUAUCAAUCCAUCUGGAUUCCGGACGUCAUCCUCUACAACAGUGCGGCGACGGAUUACAAGGAGCGGCUGCUGCAGACGAACGCGAUCGUGAAAUCGUCGGGCGAGGUGACCCUGCUCACGGCUGCGAUCUUCCGCUCUUCUUGCGACGUGGAUGUCUCCUUCUUCCCGUUCGACGUCCAGAAUUGCACGAUGCGCUUCAUGUCAUGGACCCAAGAUAGGACCAGAAUUCAGCUGCAAGUGGACCAUAACAAAACCAUCGAGUUGAAGACAUACAAAUCGAACGAGGAAUUCACGCUGACAUCUUACACGGCAGAGAAUAGGACAGAAGAAGAUCCGUGUUGUGAGAACCCUUUCACUGUCGUGGAUUACGUCAUUCGGAUCAAGCGCCGCGCCGCUUUCUUCAUCAUCAACUACGUUCUCCCCAUGGUCGUCAUCAAUGUCAUCGCUCUUUUAGCAUUCCUGAUGCCGAGCGAGAGCGGGGAGAAGGUGACGCUGGGGAUCUCGAACAUGCUCACCACCAUCAUCUUCCUCAUGAGCAUCCGCGACCUCCUCCCGCCCACCGAGAACAUCCCUCUCAUCGGGAAAUUCUACUGUGCGAGCAUCUGCCUGGUGUCCUUGGAGGUGGCCUUGAGCAUCGUCACCUUGUUCCUCUAUCACUUGAAGGGCGUCCGAGUGCUCCCUUGGGUCAAGAGAAUGUGUCAGGUGUUGGCGAAAGUGUGCUGCAUGAAGGAGCCGAGAUUUCGAAUUCACCCGCAGAUGAAGGCCGGAGCGCUCGGGAAGGAAGAAGGGACGAUGGCAUGGGCCGACGGGAUACCAGCUCCAUUCCUCUUUCAAGAAAUGAUGGCUUCGACUCGACGUCAUUCUUAUCGGAAGCAAAUCGAACCAGUCCGGAAGGAGCCGAUCACAGACACGGACUUGACCCUGAGUCGGAUCCUCUCCCUGAUGGAAACCCGGGAGAAGCGUGAAUUGGAGAUGGAAAACGGAGGGAAUCGACACGCCCGUCAGGUGGAGCUGGAGAAUUGGAGAACCGUUUCUUACGUCUUGGAUCGGUUCUUUCUCUACUUCUUCACCGUCAUCAACUUCGCCGUCACCAUUGGGAUUCUCCUUUCAUCGCCUUACGAACGAGAGGACGACUCAGUCAUCAAGGCAGUAGGGAGGGGAGAGGAUGAGGACACCACCAUUCGAACUGAUAAUAAUAAUGUGAGAGAGGAAGUCCCAAGAGAACAACUAGCAGCAAGCAUAGCGAAGUCCUUGGUAACUGAGAUAUCUAAGGGAAUCUCUCAAGAGGUCUUUUGUGUUCGAUUCUAUUCGAUCGGGGAACUUCAUGUCGAAUUCCACGAGGAUGUCCCCCCAACUUCCCGGUUCCCUGGACUUGGGAAGCCGAUGACCGGGAAGGCAUUUCACAGUUGUGGGAUGGAUCAUUUCCUCUGCGUUGUCCCGAGAAACUUUUUCACCAUCAAGAAUUGGCAUUUCUAA